CUCCCGCCCCUCUUCUCUCGUCGUCCUCAUCCUCCGCUACGCUCUCCACCUCUGCCUCGCUCUCCCACUAAGAUCUGACCUCUACACAACAACGCACUCCUCCCUCUACCAGACAUCAUGAGCUCACCCAGCAAACGUCGUAUCGAGACAGACGUUAUGAAGCUACUUAUGUCGGACUAUGAGGUCAACCUCGUGAACGAUAGCAUGCAGGAGUUCUAUGUCCGUUUCUAUGGUCCCACAGAGACCCCGUUCGCCGGCGGGGUGUGGAAGAUCCACGUCGAGCUCCCGGACCAGUACCCGUUCAAGUCGCCCAGCAUCGGCUUCAUGAACAAGAUCUUCCACCCGAACAUCGACGAGCUAAGCGGUUCCGUGUGCUUGGACGUGAUCAACCAGACGUGGUCGCCCAUGUUCGACAUGAUCAACAUAUUUGAAGUGUUCCUCCCGCAGCUGCUGCGCUACCCGAACCCGAACGACCCGCUGAACGGCGAGGCAGCGGCGCUGCUCAUGCGCCAUCCGAAGGAGUACGACGCGAAGGUGAAGGAGUACGUGCAGCGGUUCGCGACGAAGGAGGCCGCGGACGCUGCCGUCGACAAUGACGACGAGGACGAAGACGAGGAGAUGAGCGACAUCGGGAGCAUCAGCGACGACGACGCGGAGCACAUGCAGUCGUGAGCGGCCUGCGCUACCGCCCCUCCUUUCCCCGUUCCCUCUCUCGUACUCUCACUCCGGAUCAGACGCCGCCACCCGGUCUCGCUCUCACCUCGCAUACCUUUCCUCGCUCAUGACCCACUUGUAAUGUGUGCCAUUGCUGGCGCUGUCUGUACUUGAUGUCGUUGUAACACCACUUCUCGUUGUCCGUCUCCUCGGUUGCCUCGUCCUGGAAUCAUCAUUGUAUUCAUUGUAGAUCACGCCUUCCUCUCUCCAAUCUGAACACACGGUGCAACUGUUCGAUACAGUAUUCAGAGACUUCUGUCCACCCCUGUUUUCCGGCUGCUCCAGCUCCGAAAUCGCGGUGUGCCCUGUGGCGCUGAGGUGUGCGUAGCUCGACCUCGAGAGCAUAGUAUGCGCGGAUGCCGCAGAGGGUGAUCUAGUCCAAGCACGGAAGGGGAGCUGGACGAUGCCGACUGCCGGACGCUGCAUGCGAAUGGGCUUCACGCCAGGUUUGCUGAGCUUAGCUCGGGGCCGGCGUUGAAGGAUUGGUGGUAGGCGGCAGCGGAUUAGACUGCACGAGGUCGCUAACUUUCUUCUGCGCCUCAAGUGCGGACUUCAUCAGGCCGUCUAUGUGAGUCUUGACACUGUCCAUGGUGGCGGCUUUCGUCUUGCUCUCCUUCAAGAGCGCUUCUUUCGCCUUUAUGAGCUCUUUACGCUUCUGAUCCAACCUCUGCCGCUCUGAGAGCUCAAAACUGAGACGGUUGAGCAUGAGCUGAUGCUCGUCCGCGAGGACUCCGUCCGUCCGCGCCUCCUCAGGCGCAAUCUGCUUGAAUUCCUCGAGUGCAUGGAAUGGGAUGUCCUGGUAUAUAGACGCGAACUGACGGCACUUCUCUAUCUCGCGUUCGAGGUGGCGCUUUUCGUAGAGCAGGUUCUGCAGCCCGAGAUAGGUCUGGUCCAUCUCGUGGCGCGCGUCGGCCGUGGCCUGCUUGUGUGCGCGGGUAGCAUGGUUGGCGGCGCGGUUGAGAGCCUUAAGCCGGGCGAAGAGGGCGCCUGCGCG